GAUGGGGAGAGUGCUGUUGCAUUCAUAUCCUAGUUGCAGGCUUCCCUUAGGCAUCUGGCCAUGCUCUGCCUCCAUAGGCGGGUGAAGUAUGCUUCCAAAUACCAGUUGCUGGAAACCGCAGGAGGGAGAUCAUAACAUCAGGACGUGCAGAACUUCUGGUUUGACGGCAUUCGUAUCUUCUAACCUGAAAAACACCAUGGCUUGGGCUUUGACAGACUGUAGUUCGUUAGAGUUGCUGGGAAUUUGUAGCUUGGGUCUUAUCUCCAAUCAGCCAGGAUAUGAGUGUCUUCUUGCCCCCACCUUCCUCUCCAUGUACCUGCUGACUCUACUGGGCAACCUGCUGAUUCUCUUGCUCAUCCACUAUGAUGCCCGUCUCUACAGCUCCCCCAUGUAUUUCUUCCUUGGCCAUCUCUCAUUAGCUGAUAUGGGGUUUUCCUCCUCCACUGUUCCCAAGAUGCUGCAGAAUCUACUGACUCAUACGAAGCACAUCUCCUAUGGUGGGUGCCUGGCACAGAUGUUUUUCUUCCUGGGCUUUGGCAACACUGAAAGUUUUCUCCUGGCAUCCAUGGCGUAUGAUCGGUAUGUGGCCAUUUGCCGCCCACUUCGUUAUGCUGUUCUGAUGAACCCAAAACACUGCCUCCUGUUGGCUGUGGGGUGUUGGUUCCUGGGCUUUCUCCACUCUUUGCUCUAUACCCUCAUGAUGUCUUGUCUUUCCUUCUGUGCCUCUCGGGAGAUCCCACAUUUCUUCUGUGACCUCCACCCCUUAAUCAAGCUCUCCUGCUCAGACACCUCAGCAAUCCAGAUGACAACCCUCACCGAAGGGACUGUAACUAUGGUGGGGCCUUUCACAGUCACCCUUCUCUCCUACAUCUUCAUUUUCUCCAGGGUUCUCAAGAUCCCAUCAACUGCUGGGAAGCGAAAGGCCUUUUCCACCUGUGGCUCUCACCUCACCACAGUAAUUUUGUUCUUUGGAACUGUGAUAGCUGUGUAUGUCCGCCCUUCCUCCACCUACUCUGGUGCCAACGUCAGGAUAAUGUCUGUGGCCUACACAGCUGUGACUCCCAUGCUUAACCCCUUCAUCUACAGCCUGAGGAACAGCGAGAUUCAGCAGUCUCUGAGAAAGUGUGUAGGGACCAAAUGGGGAAGAUGAGGAAAUUUGAGAUCCCUAGGUUUCUUUAAAAUGCAAACAAAAGAUGAUAAUUAUCAAUAGUGUAAUGCAGUAGUUUCUGAAAAUUUAAUUUCAGAAGCACAUGACACAUUUAUCCCAUUACUUAGAACAGCUAUGGAAAUUUGAUGUUUUUGGAGUCUCUUAGAAUUUUAAAACUGAGCAUUCAGAUUUGGACCAUGAAAAGUUAAUUUAGAAAUUUGAAAUAAAUUUGAAAUAAGUUGUUGUUGUUGUUGAUGAUGAUGAUGUUAAUAAUA